UUAUUUAGUCUUUAUUCGCAAGUUGGACAUCAGUUACUAUUGUUCUUAGUUUAACUGAGCCAACUAAAGCUGUUGACAUGUCGUACAUUUUGUUUGUGUUAUUUUUAUUUUACGGUCAGGUAUAUCCCCUAGCCCCUCACAAGCCACAAGCAGACACAUUCCUAGACUCGUUGGCACACAAACUGAAACUCGAGACGUGGGAGCGAGACGAGGUGCCGUGUUUGGAAAGUGUUUUAAAUGUUUUGGAAAACGUGAAGAAUCAUACUUUGUGGGCAGAUUGGAUUUGGAAUUCCAAUGCCCUACCAACAGGCAAUCUAUACGGAUCCUUCAGGCAUUACGCGAGCUACGACCAAUGUCUCAAGCCACCAUGGCUGCACACCCAUCCACAAAUGAAGACCAAGUACUGCUUCACCGACUUUCUCCUAUCUGACGAGAGUGAUGUCAAAACAGUUGCAGAUUACGACCCCUUGGGGCCAACCAUGCAAUUUAUUAAUUCACCAUCUCCGUCUGGUUUGCCUGUAAACCACAUCAUGUGGGGUAUAUGUAUACCAGCAGUAUGCUCAUCUACAGCGGUCUCUAAACUGACCAAAGUGAUGUAUGAGUCAGCUACAUUGAGCAGCAUAGCGUCUGACGUCACGGUGAAACACUGCCAGGAGGCUGGGGAGAGCCCGCUCUACUCCACCGGGUUUUAUACCUUCAUGGUAUUAGUAUUGUCGCUGAUAGCAACUGCUGUUGGUUCUACAUACUAUCGCAAGCAUGUACCAGCUGCUGAACAAUCCACGAACUAUUUAAUUAAGAUCAUAACGAAAUCCUUCUGCAUGAACAACAAUCAAGAAGAUUUGACAAAAGUCAAUAAGGAUGAAAUUCACGUGUUGAACGGUAUCAGGUUCCUUACUUCAGCUAUUGUCAUAUCUAUGCAUGUGAUCUUCUAUAUGUCAGUAGCUGGUAUAAGCAAUUUAUUGGAUGUUGAUGAGUUUUUAGAAGGCGCUGGUGGGCUACUUCUUCAUUUUGAUCUCUUCGUGGACACGUUCUUCACUAUGUCUGGUCUACUUCAUAUCAAAGGUCUCAUGAAAAGACGGCAGAGUCUUUUAGGUGUACUUUGGAAACGUUAUAUAAGAUUAAUAGGACCAUUUGCGCUAAUAGUCUUCUAUUUGAUAUCUGUCUCCAAGCACUACAGUCCUGGCCCUGCCUGGAUUGGGGUCGAUGAGACAGAUAUUUGCGAGAAACAUUGGGUAAAGAGUUUGCUCAUGAUGAAUUCGGAUGUAAGGCACAUUUGUCAUGCAGUGACGUGGUAUUUGCCCUGUGACUAUCAACUGACUAUCCUGGGCACUUUUCUCUUCUUCCUCUAUCAGAGGAACAGAAGUUUUGGAUUCGUCUCUUAUGCGAUUGUUGCUGCCUUCUCCAUCGUCAUUCCUGGAACAUUGACGUACUUGUAUCAGUUUCCUGGAGUGCUUUUCUCGGAAUAUGGUAAGUAUGUGAUCCGCUACCGCGACACUUGGGAGAUCAGCUUAAUCUACACACCGUUCUACAGCCGAGCCAGCACCUACCUCGUCGGCGUCGCCAUGGGCUACUUCAUGUGUAUCUACAAACCUGGUGAUUAUAGGAAAUCUGUUUCUAAAAAAUGGUCCAUAAUUGGUGUAGCUCUGAGUUUCAUCACAAUGGCAGCCACGAUGUCGCUCGGUUAUGUCUUCAAACAAAGACAGUAUGACCCAGUAGAAGCUGUCGUCAUCGCAGCUACCAACAGGAUCUUCUGGGCUGCUGCCAUCUGCUGCAUUAUAGGCAUGUGUGAAUAUGGAACUGUUCCUAUAGUCUCCGAGAUCCUGAACUGGCCGGUGUUCACGCCUCUCAGUCGACUUUCCUACGGCAUUUACAUGAUCCAUCCCAUCAUCGUACAGAGGCACAAGCUGGCACAAAGAUCGCCUCAUACCUUCGACACCUUUUGCAUGGUUUACGACGGUUUUGCAAUCCUGACGAUGUCAAUAGGACUCAGUUACGCGAUGUGGCUGUUUGUGGAGGCGCCGCUGAUCAACAUCACCAACCAACUCUUCUUCAACAAGUCAAAUGAAAAAGAACCAAAUAAAACCCGUGAUGAGAAUGGAAUCCAACAUCAGAAUGGAGUAACUAAGAAUAACGUUUCGUUCAACAAAAUGAAACUGGAUGAAGGUAAUUACGAGAAUGGAAUCCAACAUCAGAAUGGAGUAACUAAAAGCAAAAUUUUAUAACAUUUAAUUCUGAAAUUGUAAUUGUAAUUCUAAAAUGUGAUAUAUUGUAGCAAAAUAUAUGAUAAUAAAUUAAUAUAAUUGACACUAAUAACAGUUUAGGUUAUUUUAUAAAUAAAUAAUUAUAACUGUUUGU